CCUCUUAAUCAGAUUUCCUUUUGAAACCGCUGAGCCGCGAAUUUUCCAGUGUACCUCGGGGCAGAUCGAGGCCGGAAUGUGGCCGAAUCCGAUUUCCGCUUGUGGACUCCACUUCCCAGAGCGCCCCGCGGCCUUCUCUGAAGCUGUUGCCACGACCUCUCCCGGCUGCGGACUCCAUUUCCCAGCGCGCCCCGGGGCGGCGUGGUGACGUCGCGCGCCGGGCGGGGGCCGGUAGAUCCUUGGGCGGCGCGGGGCUGGCGGCAGUUCCCGGCGGCCCGGGGGCGGGCGGUGGCUGCGGCGGCGGCAGCUUGGGGCUCGGUGCUUGGCGCUCGCUCGCUCGCUCGUUCGCUCACGGGCGGGCGGGCGGCGCGAUGUCGGGCGAGGACGGCCCCGGGGCGGGCCCCGGGGCGGCGGCAGCAGCGGCCCGCGAGCGGCGGCGGGAGCAGCUGCGGCAGUGGGGGGCGCGGGCGGGCGCCGAGCCGGGCCCCGGGGAGCGGCGCGCCCGCACCGUGCGCUUCGAGCGCGCCGCUGAGUUCCUGGCGGCCUGCGCGGGCGGCGACCUGGACGAGGCGCGCCUGAUGCUGCGUGCGGCCGACCCCGGCCCCAGCGCUGAGCUGGACCCCGCCGCCCCGCCGCCCGCCCGCGCCGUGCUCGACUCCACCAACGCCGACGGCAUCAGCGCCCUGCACCAGGCCUGCAUCGACGAAAACCUUGAGGUGGUGCGCUUCCUGGUGGAGCAGGGCGCCACGGUGAACCAGGCGGACAAUGAGGGCUGGACGCCCCUACACGUGGCCGCCUCCUGCGGUUACCUGGACAUUGCCAGGUACCUCCUGAGCCACGGGGCCAACAUCGCUGCUGUCAACAGUGACGGGGACCUGCCUCUGGACCUGGCCGAAUCCGACGCCAUGGAGGCGCUGCUGAAGGCGGAGAUCGCCCGCCGAGGUGUGGACGUGGAGGCAGCCAAACGGGCGGAGGAGGAGUUGCUGCUUCACGACACAAGGUGCUGGCUGAACGGGGGCGCCAUGCCCGAGGCGCGGCACCCCCGCACGGGGGCCUCCGCCCUGCACGUGGCUGCCGCCAAGGGCUACAUCGAAGUGAUGAGGCUGCUCCUCCAGGCUGGCUACGACCCGGAGCUGCGCGACGGAGACGGCUGGACGCCCCUGCACGCGGCGGCCCACUGGGGUGUGGAGGAUGCCUGCCGCCUGCUGGCGGAGCACGGCGGGGGCAUGGACUCGCUGACCCACGCGGGGCAGCGUCCCUGUGACCUGGCGGACGAGGAGGUGCUGAGCCUGCUGGAGGAACUGGCCCGGAAGCAGGAGGAC